AUGCUGAGGCGGAAUCUGGAAAGCCGGGAUGCCCAGACCAGCCAGCUGCAGGAUGCCAUCUCCAACAUGGAGAAGCACUUCGGCGAUCUGCGCCAGAUCUUGGCAGCGUACCUGCGUAAAAUGGUCCGGCUGCAAGACAAAGCCGACCUCCAGGUGAAUGAUAUCAACUCCUACGCAGCCACCAAGAUGCCCAUCCUGAAGGAUAGCCUCAAGAACCUUGAUGAUGAGUUCGUCAAACUUCAAGAUUAUAGGCAAGUGGAGGAUGAAAGACUUGAAGCCGAAGUAGUUGAACCUUUGAAAACUUAUGAAACUAUUGUGAAAAUGAAACGGGAGGAUCUCAAAGCAACUCUAACAGUAAAGAAUCGAGAAGCUAAGCAGUUAACUCAACUAGAAAGGACACGUCAGCGCAAUCCAUCAGAUCAGCAGGUUAUACUUUGA